AGAACCGAUGAAAGGCUUGAAAUUUCCCUUUCCUUCUUGCUCAAAAACCAAGUUUCAGGCCUAGAACACUCUUCUAAACCCAGAAAUUUUCCAGAUCUGCGCUGUCUUCUUCCCCUCUAUCCAUUGGCCUCUGCUGUGUGGGGUUGAGUUCGAUUUUUUGUUCCGUGAAAUCCCCUCCAAAUCCCAUCAGCUUCCAUGUUCGCCGGACCCGACUUUUACUUGCCGAAAAAUUCUGGGUUUGAUCGUUCUGUCACCGUAGCACUUGGGUUAAGCCUUCUGUUCUGUGCGAGUAAGGAAGUGAAACCGAGGACAGGGAAACCAAGGGGAGUGACGAGGUAGAAGGCUAGCCAUUCUAAUUAGAUAUAAGUUUUAGAUUUUAUCAUCGUUUUGUAAGUUAGAUUUUAUUCUUGAGAUUGUGAUUGGAAUAAGUUCCGAGCCUUGUG